AUGAUUGUGUCGAGUUUAAGUUCAAGUACUCAGUUGCAGUUUCAUAUUAGGGAACCAUCGAAGACUCAUAUUCACCAUAUCCACCAUGAUGUAUCUUCCAAUUUUUACGGUGAUGAUCCGAAACCUCCAGAUCGACACUACCCUGUAAAACAUGCAGGACUUCCACGAGGGCUGGCUGUCUACCCGCUCCCAUUAAAGAACUCCGACCAUGAACUCAACUUCAACGUCUCAUGGCUUCCGCCUUUCGGACCGCCAGCAAGAGACUACUCUCUAGAAGUACGGAGUGUAACAGACACAGUGGACUGUCGGACACCCAUGUGCUAUGAAUAUAACAUUCCAGGGGAAAGUACUUGGUGGUUAAUACCAGCGUUCUCAAACCCCGUUGUCGAGACUUGCGCGGUUCGUCCUGGGUGCGCUUAUAUGGUGAGACUCAUUGCACACCCUUGGGAUGGGCAAACCUCUGCCAACCUACUGGUGGAGUUAGAUGAAUGCGUGGAGAAUGUAUGCUCAUGCGCACAUUCUCCACGUCUCCCUGCGCCUUUGGUGACCACAAAAACUGUGGUUAUUCACGACGAAAUGUUCGCCAACAUAACCUGGAGCCUUCAACCGCCGCAGUACCUGCAGCGACUGCCUUCCGGGUUGAGAAAGAAGAGCUAUAUUGUCAGUCUCGGUAAACAAAUGGUGUCAGACGCACAUCCAGCGCCAUGGUUUGCGAAUAUCAUAACUCGAAAUGUAGACGCCGAUGGUCUGAUCUCCGUAGGUGAUAGUCCACAUUUUAUACUACUACCGGUUAUCGGACAGAAAGGGGAGCGGAAAGAUAAACGACUAAAAAGUGACAAGCCUGAAGUCAAAUUACUCGCAAGGGUGACUCUUAUUGAUGACAGAGGGUGUUUGGGGCCAGCCGGCAAUGCCACGGCUUUUAACCCAUCUGCAGAGUCCAGUAAAUUUUCAUUCGGGGUUUAUGCCGUCAUACUGGCAAUAGCAGGUGCCUGGGUACUGGGCGUGGUGUUUGUACUCAGUGCACGCUUUGUGAAACACGUGCUAAAAUCUCUCCGCUCCACUCCUGUGUCUGCUCCGCUUGAGACAAUAAGUCGUCGCCCUGCGUGGUUCCCACUGCAGUUGCGUACGUGA